AUGUACAUCGGUGAACUUGAGUCAAUGCACAAACUGACUCAGCUGGAGAGACUUGAUCUGGGCAAUAAUGAAUUCUCUGAACUGCCUGAGGUUCUCGAACAAAUACAAAAUCUAAAGGAAUUGUGGAUGGACAAUAACUCUUUGCAAAUCCUACCUGGGUCUAUAGGGAAGUUAAAACAGCUCGUGUACCUGGAUGUGUCAAAAAACAGGAUAGAAACGGUUGAUUUGGACAUAUCAGGAUGUGAAGGACUUGAAGAUCUCCUGUUAUCAUCCAACAUGUUGCAACAACUGCCGGACUCCAUAGGACUGUUGAAAAGACUCACAACUUUAAAAGUCGAUGACAAUCAGCUUACGAUUCUACCAAAUGCGAUUGGGAAUUUGUCUUUAUUAGAAGAAUUUGACUGCAGCUGCAAUGAGUUGGAGUCCUUACCUUCCACCAUCGGCUACCUUCAUAACCUGAGGACUUUGGCUGUGGAUGAGAACUUCCUUCCUGAGCUACCCAGAGAAAUUGGAAGCUGUAAAAAUGUAACAGUGAUGUCUCUGCGCUCUAAUAAGCUGGAAUUUCUUCCUGAUGAAAUUGGUCAGAUGCAGAAGCUGAGAGUGUUAAAUCUGAGCGAUAACAGGUUAAAGAAUUUACCCUUCACUUUUACUAAACUUAAAGAACUUGCAGCUUUGUGGCUUUCUGACAACCAGUCCAAGGCUCUCAUCCCACUGCAGACUGAGGCUCACCCAGAAACCAAGCAGCGAGUUCUGACUAACUACAUGUUUCCCCAGCAGCCCCGUGGCGAUGAAGAUUUCCAGUCAGACAGUGAUAGUUUUAACCCCACUUUGUGGGAGGAGCAGAGACAACAACGUAUGACUGUUGCCUUCGAAUUUGAAGAAAAAAAAGAGGAGGAGGAAAAUGCAGGGAAAGUCAAGGUUGAAAUAAAUCUAAAACGUUAUCCCACUCCAUACCCGGAGGAUUUAAAGAAUAUGGUAAAAUCAGUUCAAAAUCUGGUGGGCAAAACAAGCCAUGGAGUACGGCCUGAGAACUCAACACCAACUGCCAACAGUGACCAAACUGUGAAAGACAAGUAUGAGCACAAGUGGCCCAUGGCACCAAAGGAGAUUUCAGUGGAG